AUGACUGCAAAGGUAAAAGAAGAACCCAUUGGCGACAAGCCUGUUUCUUCUAGUCUGAGAAUUACCGAUGAUGAUCUUUAUCGGCAUUCAACACAGUACAGAAAUUGGUCUUUUACUCCUGAAAGGCUUGAUCAAAUCAGAACUGAAGUGAACGCCAGUGCUGGUUCUAAAGCAGAAAAAACGCUGAAGCAAUUUCUUGAAUCUCAUCCGGAGUUGUCCCGAGAGGAGGAAGAAGCUGUGGCCUCAAAAGCUGUUCCAGUGACUACUCACGAGGAGCUACUGCUUGUCAAUUACUUCGCACGCAUGAUCAUAUCAUUUGCAGGGAAAAUGAACCUGCCGACAGAAGUAGCUGCAACUGCCGUUGCAUUUUUCCGAAGAUUUUUCUUAUCAAACUCAGUAAUGGAUAUACCUCCCAAGGAGGUCUUCCAUACAACACUUUUCUUUGCAUGCAAAACGGAAAACUACUUUAUUGGCGUUGAAUCCUUUGCGAAAAAGGCUAAAACCACGACAGAUGCCAUUCUCAAACAUGAAUUUAAGCUCCUGGAGAGCCUUAAUUUCACUUUAAUGAACCAUCAUCCUUACAAAGCAUUACACGGAUUUUUUCUGGAUAUCCAAAACGUAUUGUCGGGUAGAGUUGACAUGAAAUAUAUGGGUCAAGUUUACACGAAUUGCAAGAAAAGCAUAUCGGAUGCAUUACUGACCGAUGCCGUUUAUUUUUAUACGCCUCCCCAGAUAACAUUGGCGAUUCUCUUGAUGGAAGACGAGGCUUUAAUGAUGCGUUAUAUGCAGCUCAAGUUUGGGCUUCAGCCAGACAAUGGUGAUGGGUCUGGACAAUCCUCACAGGACUCUGAACAGGUAUCAUCCAAUGGUAUAAAUGCUUCUAAGCUUCUGGAAGUAAUAAAGUCUUGCAGGUCAGUUAUAAACAAUAAAAUUAUCCCGGCUAAGGAUGAUGCUGUCAAGAUUACUGCCAAGAUACACUACUGCCAGAAUCCUAUGGCUGUUAUUGAUAGAUUGAAGAGGCAAAGGGAAAGUAGUAGUAUAGCCAGCACCCCGCAGCCGGUUGAAACUGAUUCAAAACGACAGAAAACUUGA